AUGUCGACCUCGCGCUCGACCACCUCCACAUUAACAUAUACGCUCAAGAAGUACUCUCGGUCUUAUCCAAACAGUGGAUCUGUCUCUUCCUCACAAGCGCCUGCUGGAUCGGAAUGGCAACACUUCACGAACCCGGUUUUGCGUCUGAGUCUGGACACCACCAAGUCUGCGCCGUCUGGAAUACUCGAGGCUGUGAAACUUCGGAUUAUAUGGAUCAUGAACUCAGGUGAUGAAUCAAUGGAUGUGGACCAGUCUGAGGUCGUUCUGGAAAACCUUGAUCUAUACGCGUUCUCAACCAUGCCAGGCGCUCAUCGCAUGUCUUCGCCUCCUUUGAAAGCUGUAUUCCGAGAUUUAGUCGUUGGUCUGAGAUAUUUGUAUCCGCGUGGCGGCGGUAUGAGCUCCAAUCAGACGUUUCGCCGAUUUCAGGUCAACUUCCACGAUCAUGCAUCUGCAUCUCAAUUCAUUGACUCUAUCCGCGCUGUAUGCCCUUGUCAAAGCCAGGAUGGCACUGCUGGCUCAUCCUUGGCUCGUAACGCGACUGCUGUCGGUUCGACAGGCCGCCCAGUUGUUCCGACAUCAGACAUCGGUUUUUCCAAACCUUCGGCCCCCUUUUCCAGAACGCUGACAACUGCGGUACUAAGCCCCAAUACCCAGUCUCAUAGUCUUGGCCGAGAGGGUUCAUCGGGCUUCGACAUACGCUCUUCUGACCACUUCAUACCGUCCUCAUCUCUCAACUUUACGACCAGUUCAUCCCGUCCUGCCUCAGCAGCAUCUAUGCAGUCGACCCAAGGACUUCAAACGCGUCAACAGCCUAUGUUUGCGCAUUCAUCCAACCCUCUGCCUGAGUCGCCACUUCCGCCGUCAAGCAUCCCGUCUGCCUCACUAAUGCCGCCACCGCCGCCACCUCUCACGAGUAUGAACUCACCUCAGCUACCUGCGUCUGCUCCUGAUCUGUCCAGUGCAAACGACUCAGAGUCUCUACACGAUUCAGUACUAUCGAUGCUACAGAAGGAUCGUAAGCUGUACGAUAUGUCGCGCGCGGAGCUCGAGGUCCUUGUCGGGCAAGUGCUUCGAGAACCCGGGUUUGAAAAGCUGGUUCAGACAUUGGGUACUAUAUGGGACGCGAGAGGGUUUCUUGGUCGAUCGUCUGCAUAA